AUGGCCGAAGACGCAACGUCGCAGAAUGAUGCAUUCACAUACGAAUCAAAUCAAGACAUUUACGAGCAGAGAAAACUUCGUCGUGACUAUCGCGCACUCCUAGCGUCAGCUCAAAAUACACGACGCCAUUUACCUGAAAGCAGCAUUGAUGAUUUGGGUCAGAUGGUGCGCAUCGGAGACACUCUUUACUCUAAAGUGAAGGCACCCACAGAUGGUCUUCUAGAUUCUAGGUAUUUGCUUAAUUUGUCCGACAUGGGGGCAGAAAUGACGCGCCAAAUGCGAUUGGAGGCGGAUGCUUUUGAUCUAGAUGAAUUUAUGCACAAAGUUUCUCAUAUCAUUAGAAAGAGAACGAAUCUGUCGGAGAAUCAAAUGGAUACGGACUCAAUAAAUUGUUGGGAUUGGACAAAGCUCGGCAAAAUUGCUGCUCGGCAUUCAAGACGUGCACCUGUGCCUGAGCAUUUACUAGGCCCACUGCAAGUUACGCCACGGCAUCGCAAAGCAACAAGAAGUUCUCGUCUGGAUACAGAUGCAGUACAGGUGGCACCUGAACAAAUUGAUGCUGCUGAGAUGCCACAGUCGGAGAAUGAGACAUCACGCCUUGUGCUUGAUAUUAUGCAGCGCUUAGAAGCAUGUUCAGGCGAAGAAGGUGUGAACCUAUUCCAAUUUGCUUUGAAUCCGGAGAGUUUUGGUGAUUCGGUGGAAAAUUUGUUUUACAUCAGCUUCUUGAUUCGAGAUGGCACUGCGGCCAUCGUAGAGAACGAUGAAGGCGAUCCGAUGCUGUUGCUUUCAGAGGUGCCCACGGAAGAGGAUCGACGAGCUGGGCUCACACGCAGGCAAAUUGUAUUCGAGUUAGAUAUGGCUACAUGGCGUGACUUGAUCGAGGUAUAUGAUAUCCAGAGUGCCAUGAUUCCUACGCGCUCACAACUCACAGCAUCCAUCCCACAAAGCGGAUGA